CCAGUUGCUGGCAGUGCGUCGGGCGACGACGGGAUCCCCGCUGAGCAGUGGAGCGCCGCCCACGCUCAUGCAUAUCGCUGCCGCACGGGUCCGCCCCGCUCCCGCGUGUGUGAUGGAGCUGCCGGGCGCACGCAGGGGCGCAGGCAGCGCGGCAGGCAGGGCGGGCAGCCCGCUGCGGGUGCUGGUGGACAUGGACGGCGUCCUGGCCGACUUCGAGGCCGCGGUGCUGCGGGGCUUCUGCUCCCGCUUCCCCGGGGAGCCGCGGGUGGAGCUGGCGGCACGCCGCGGCUUCUCGGUGCGGGAGCAGUACAGCCGCCUGCGGGAGGACCUGGGGGAUAAGGUAGCCAGUGUCUACGAAUCACCUGGCUUCUUUCUAGGGUUGGAUCCAAUUCCAGGAGCCCUGGAAGCCAUGCAGGAGAUGAUCCACAUGCAGGACACCGAAGUCUUCAUUUGCACGAGUCCUCUCCGGAAAUACGAGCACUGCAUUGUGGAAAAGUAUAAGUGGGUAGAGAAACAUUUGGGACCUGAGUUUGUAGAGCGGAUUAUACUAACCCGGGAUAAAACCGUCGUAUCUGCUGACUUGCUGUUUGAUGACAAGGAUACCAUUAGAGGCGCGGAGCAGAACCCGAGCUGGGAGCACGUCCUCUUCACCUGCUGCCACAACCGGCACCUCCAGCUGCAGGCGCCGCGCCGGCGGCUGCUCUCCUGGGCCGACGACUGGAAGGGCAUCCUGGAGAGCAAACGCAGGCAGUAACGCAGAACAAAAUGACAGGAGGCUGUGCUGUUCCCACUGCCAGGGGAGCAACCAGCUCAUCUUGGCAGGGAAGCCCCUUCCCAGGGCUCCCUCAGCCGGGCAGCGGUUGGUUAUAGUAAGAAAUGAGCUGCCUGUGGCACGCUGCAGAGCUGAUUCCUCUGCAGCUUUCUGGAAGUUUGCUCCGCGUUCAGUCAGUUAAUCUCUGUAGAGUUGUUUGGGAUGUUUGCUGUUGGUGAAACGAUAAAAUACACGCAGUUGUGGGUUGGUUUUGUGUGUUUCUAACCUCGCUCCUGUUUGUUUUGGGCUGACUGGGGUUGAAGGGGAGAGAAGAAAGAAGUAAAGCUCUGAAACUCGAGCAGA